AUGCGCAAAUCCCGGGCAGCGCACGUAAAGUGCGACUGCGGCGAGAAGACUCACAAGUGUAUUCACUUGAGGCCGGUGGUCGAGGGUCACAAGGAAAGCUGCUGCUGUAAUCACGGCGGCCGCUGCACCUGCUCGCACAAGCGGGAGCCGCAGCUCGAUCCUGUCCCCGAGUCCGACUCGGACGGCGCUGCCGCCUCGCAGUCAAAAAGCUCAAAGUCCAGCUCGCGCCACAGGCGCCGAGCCAACACGACCAAUUCUGAUGCCGUGCUGUCGUUUGACGCACAGGGCCACCACAAGCCCACGUAUAAGCACGUCAAGCCGUCGCAGAAAUGCGGGCCGUAUCAACUAUCUCGCGUCAACUCUAUGCACAGCACGAGCAGUCGGGAGAACCGCUCGAUGGACGACCUUUUGGGAGCCGGCGCCGCUGGGGAUUCCGAGGCCGGCAGUGCCAUCGGCGAGGGAGCCCCUCGUGGACAGCGGCGAGUGAAGUCCGAGGCUGCAUCCCCUUCAAUGACGUCUUCAUCGUUCGCCCAGCUCAACGGACAACUGCCACCGCUCGACCUCUCGGGUAUCAAGUAUACCCCUUACGUUCCCAACAGCGCCGACUUCUUCGGCGCCCUGUCGGACCAUGAGCAGCCUAUGUUCAGCGCCGGCCUGAGUGCCGGUUCGGUCGACUGGAGUAAUUUUGACGGCUUGGGUCUCGCCAGCAAGACGGACGAUUUUGCGCCUUCCAGCUACAGCCAGCCUCAGAGCUAUGGCGGCCUCGAUUUCGCAGGGUCGGAGGUACUACCAACAAUGACAACCACCACUUCCAUAUCGGGCGAGGUCUCGGAGGUGGAAGAUUUCCUGUCCAACACGCUUGAAGAAUUUGACACGUUCCAGAACAAUGUCUCCACAAACGGCUUCGCCCUCGAACACACGAACGCAGGUUUGGUUGGGAGCACGGAUUUUACGAGCCUGGAUUUCGAGUAUAGCCUGAUGAAGAAGGCCGGCAGCAAAUUUCUGCCGACACCGUCAUCCUUGGCUGGCGACGACCCGACUCUGCUCGCCAGCAGCGCCCCCGGCUACAGCAGCUUCACGGCUUUGGAAGAGGAGCCCGGGCUCUGGAUGAGCGACUUCCAAGGUCUGCCAAACCUGACAGACUCAGCAACCGAAAGUAGCAUGCCAUCAUUCUGGGACGGUCAAUAA